AUGGCACCCUCCCUUCACCCUCUUAUCGACAACGGUAUCACACCCGGCUCCAGUAGCUUCUCCGGUGGGAAGCUCCACUGCCGCUGCUCUUCGGACCAGGUGGAAGUCACAUUGAAGAGCAAUGUAGCCCACAACCAUGCCUGUGGCUGCUCCAAGUGCUGGAAACCUGAGGGCGCCCUCUUUUCCAUUGUUGGCGUGAUUCCACGAGACGCCCUCUCCGUAACGGCGAACGCAUCCAAGCUAUCCAUUGUGGACAAGGACGCCACAAUUCAACGCAACGCCUGCAAGGACUGUGGUGUCCACCUCUUUGGUCGCAUUGAGAAAGACCACCCUUUCAAAGGACUCGACUUUGUUCAUGUCGAAUUAUCCGACGAAAAGGGGUGGCAGGAACCACAAUUCGCAGGCUUCGUGUCCUCAAUCAUUGAGCAAGGCUCUCACCCCAACCAAAUGGACGAAGUGAGAGACAAGUUCAGGGCUGUUGGCUUACAGACAUACGAUGUUCUGUCCCCAGCGCUGAUGGAUUUGAUUUCGACUUUCACGGCACAAAAGUCGGGCAUCAGAUUUGCCAACCUGUGA